ACGAAAAAUGGGAUAUUGCAAAGCAGCAAUUUUCCACUGGAGAAUUUUAUGUAAGCGGAACAAUGAUGCUUAACGGAACGCCCCUGUUGAUUUUGUUGUUGACCACAUCGAUAUAUGUAACCAAUGCCCGGAUGUUCAGCUGUGCGUGUCCCACAAUCCGUACAUUUGAUCAAGCCGCCUGUAACUCUGACUACGCUGUGGUUGCAAUGGUGACUGAAGACCCAACGACUAAAAACAAAUACAAUCUGGGCGUAAUAAGGAACUUCAAGAGUGGGACGGCGCCGACUGAAGUGUACAGUAGAUAUGCUAUGGAAUGUGUUAAAGAACUGAAAAGUGGAAAACUCUACGCUCUCGCAGGUUCCAUUCAGAACGGCAAGGCGCUGCUAAGCUUAUGUGAUUUUUCAUUUGAAAUUGGUAAUGGAGUGCUUCCUCCACCCACUCCAGACUGUUCGUCUAUUUCAGCCUGAUUGUAUUCACUCAUCGCUCUGCACUGAAUAAAAAAAUUUCUUGAAAUUCUCUAGACUACAA